AUAUUUUUUAAUAUAAGGUAAAAUAUUUUCACAUUUCUUGCAGCAUAAUCAUUUCAAGGCACUGAUGACGUCAGAAAAGAUGAUCAUUUUUGACAUGCUCUACGAUUUAAAUGUCUUUAAAGAACAAUGUCCAUAUUUGAGAUUUUAAAUUUCAAUUUUUGAUCUUUUGCGCCAGGUUCUUCAAACGACCCAUACCCUUUAAGGUAAAUCUUCCGUGAUCAUCAACUCUUCUAAUAUAAGGUCGAAUAAAGAUGAUGAUUCGAAACAUACGAUUUAAUGCUGCUCUCAAACGAUAAUGCGGACUUUUAAAUUUGUGACUUUGAAAAAUUAUAUUUUCAAACAAGUCGUAAUGCAAAUUUUGCAUCAUCGACUUUAUCGCAUUCUAUUGCUUCGUCUUUUCUUAUAUUAUGUUUGUCUACACUGCCCUUCAUACAAUUUUUGGGCGAAUUUGAUUAAGGUCGAUUUUAUUACUCUUUGUUUAGAGUUUUUGAUUUUUAUGUUUUUAUGUAAAAAAAGAAAAAUGUAAUUUGUGUAAUUUGAAUUAAGAAAGAAAUUUUAAUAGUUUUUUGAGACGAAAAUGAAUUUAGAAUUUAUUUUAUUGUGUAUUUGAUUUUUUUGUAAAAAAAAAA